AAAUUCCAGUUGUACUAAACUACUGAUAAAUAUCAAAUUAUAAGGUGAAUUCAAUUGUGAAUAAAAACAGUUAUUUUGUGUUUGGCUUUGAGUCAAUUUGUUGCAAAAAACAAUUUAACAUAAACUUAUAAAAUGGCAGACAUUGAUGGAAAUAUGAUUUUAGCGAAUGCUUUAAAAGAACAGGGUAUUGAAUAUGUUUUUGGAAUUGUGGGAUAUCCAGUCAUUGAAUUUGGUAUGGCUGUACAAGCCGCUGGGUUAAACUAUAUAGGAAUGCGAAAUGAACAAUCUGCAUGUUAUGCCGCUCAAGCAAUUGGAUAUUUAACUGGAAAACCAGGUGUAGUUUUGGUAGUUUCUGGUCCUGGCUUACUUCAUGUUUGUGCGGGUAUGGCAAAUGCUCAAGUCAAUUGUUGGCCAUUGUUAGUAAUAGGUGGUUCAUCGUCACAAGAUCAAGAAGGAAUUGGUGCUUUUCAAGAAUGUAAUCAAGUCGAAUUAUCUAGGCCAUAUUGCAAAUAUGCUGCUAGACCAGCCAGACCACAUUUAAUUCCAAUGCAUGUUGAAAAAGCAGUCCGCUUAGCUACCUACGGACGCCCGGGAUGUGCGUACAUUGAUAUGCCUGGUAAUAUACUAGCUGAACGAGUUCCUGUUGAAAUUAUUAAACCAUAUUAUCAAAGCCCCCCUUUGGAAAAAGUAUGGCCUGCACCAUCAGUUAUUGAAACUGCUGUACAAGCACUUUGUAAUGCAGAAAGACCUUUAAUUAUUGUUGGAAAAGGUGCUGCGUAUGCCCGGGCUGAAAAAGAAGUUCGCCAAUUAGUAAAUUCAACAAAUUUACCAUUUUUACCAACUCCAAUGGGAAAGGGGGUUGUUGAUGAUAAUGCUCCACAAUCAGUUGCAUCUGUCCGAACAUUAGCAUUGCAAAAAGCUGAUGUUAUACUUUUAUUGGGUGCUCGUUUGAAUUGGAUGUUACAUUUUGGUAGAUCACCACGUUUUGAUCCAAAUGUAAAAAUUAUUCCAGUUGAUAUUUGUGCUGAAGAACUGAAUAAUAGUGUAUUAAAUCAUGUAUCAAUUCAAGCCGAUGUUGGCCCUGUGGUAGAUCAAAUUACAAAAGGAUUACAAUCACGAAAAUUUGUUUUGAAUAAUAACCAUCUUUGGUGGAAAACUUUAAGUCAAAAACGUGAAAUAAAUAAGAAAACUGUUAUGCAAAUGGCUUUAGAUGUAUCAGUUCCACUCAACUACUAUGCUGCUUUCCAUCAUAUUCAACAAGUAUUACCCAAAGAUGCGAUUAUAGUAAGCGAAGGAGCCAAUACAAUGGAUAUCGGUCGAUCAAUUCUUUUGAAUACUUUACCUAGAAGUCGUUUGGAUGCUGGAACUUUUGGAACAAUGGGAGUUGGUCUCGGUUUUGCGAUUGCAUCAGCAUUUUAUUGUAAGCAAUACGAACCUAGCCGAAAAGUUAUAUGUGUUGAGGGUGAUUCCGCGUUUGGAUUUUCUGGAAUGGAACUAGAAACAAUGUUUCGAUAUAAAUUACCAGUAAUAAUUAUAAUAAUUAACAAUAAUGGAAUUUAUAGUGGGGUAGACGAUGAUCUUUUUAAGGACUUACAAGAUUCUGGAGAAGAUAUUGCUAAAAUGAUUGCUCCGAGUUUAUUAUCAACAAAUACACAUUAUGAAAAUAUGAUGCAACUUUUUAAUAAAUCUGGCUAUUUUUGUAAAACUAUUCCGGAAAUUCAGAUAGCUUUAAAAGAAGCACUUAAAGUAACAGAUCAUCCUACAAUUAUAAAUGUUAUGAUUAAUCCUAGUGCUGAUAGAAAACCACAGACAUUUAGUUGGUUAACCGAAUCAAAAUUAUAAUUUUUUCUGUUUUUUUGGAGUUCGUUUUUUUGUUUUUACCAACCAAAGAUUUUAAGGGUGCCUUAUGGAAUUAUGGAUUAUAUAUUUGGAAACACUUACACCAAAUUUUAAAGUAUUUCUUGCAUUACGGCGAUCCGUGAAUAGGUCGUUCUAUGAAAUUAUUAAAAUGAAAAUAAUUUUAUUUGAUACUGGCUAAUUUCGACCAUCAUUUACGUUUCAAUAAUUACGUACUUCGUCAUAAAAACGAAUCACUAUACUGUAAGAAAUGAUUUGGAACUUUGUGUGAGUGUCUCCAAGUUUAAAUAUAUUAGUACUUUUUUUU